AUGCGCAGAACCUUCCCCGCAAACUCGGAACAACAAUUCGACGAGGCCUAUCGCAAGGCCAAUCUCGUCUGCAGUAAGGCCGAACUGCCGGCGUACAACAACAGGCCGAACAAGCAUGGGUCGCCGAGGAGGCUCAAAAAUGCGUUCUUCAUUCCGACACGGCGAACAAUGAUCAUUUUCAACAUUUUGAUCUCAACCACAACUCAGUCGCGGGAUGUUAUCCGGCAUGCGGGACAGGCGUGGCAGAGGUUGAGCGCAGGGGAGAGGCGCGUCUACGUUCUGGCGGCCAGUGUGGUGGAAAAGAAGUUUUACGAGGACAAUCCGGGUUAUGUGUAUAACCCAAGAAGGGGGCCGCUCGAAACAGUGUCCGCCACGGCGACGACGGAUGAACGAAGGGGAGUUUGCCGAGCUGUACGAACGAUUCUCGGAUCCGGCGGACACUAUUUAUUCCAUAAAAACUUGGAAUGGGUUUUCUUGGAACGGACCGUAGACUCGG